AUGUGCUCUGCUGGUGCUGACCUGUGCUCCUCCUCCUCAGUGGUGGAGCUCCUGUACUGGCGUGAUGUGAAGAGCACGGGGGCCGUGUUCGGGGCCAUCCUGCUGCUGCUGCUGUCCCUCACCAUGUGCAGCAUCGUCAGUGUGUGCUCCUACAUCGGCCUGGCCCUGCUCUCCGUCACCAUCUGCUUCAGGAUAUACAAGGGCAUCCUGCAGGCCAUCCAGAAGUCAGACGACGGACACCCCUUCAAGCAGUACCUGGACCAGGAGGUGGCGCUGUCCGAAGACAUGGUGCACAAAUACAGCGACGCAGCCCUGAACAAGAUCAACAAGAGCAUCGCAGACCUGAGGCGUGUGUUCCUGGUGGAGGACCUGGUGGACUCCAUCAAGUUUGCCGUCCUCAUGUGGAUCCUGACCUACGUGGGCGCGCUCUUCAACGGCCUCACCAUCGUCAUCCUCGCCGUCUGCGCAGCCUUCAGUUUCCCGAUCAUCUACGAGAAGCACCAGGCUCAGAUCGAUCAUUACUUGGCUUUGGUCAACAACCAGAUUAAGGACGUCGUGGGAAAGAUCCAGGAGAAAGUUCCUGGGAUGAAGCCCGAGGUUCACGACACUCGCUCUGUCGUUCUGUUUUUCUGGUUCAGUCAGACUCGUGUGCUUCUGUCGUGUCCCUCGGCCUUCAGCCCGAGUCAGGCCUCGUGUGAGGAAACCGAGGCCUCUGAUUGGACGGUACCGGAGCAGGACCACCACCUGCUGCUGCGGUACCAGAGCAGGACCUGCUGCUGCUGCAGUACCAGAGCAGGACCUCCUGCUGCGGUACCAGAGCAGGACCUCCUCCUCCUUCUGCGGUACCAGAGCAGGACCUCCUCCUCCUUCUGCGGUACCAGAGCAGGACCUCCUCCUCCUUCUGCGGUACCAGAGCAGGACCUCCUUCUGCGGUACCAGAGCAGGACCUCCUGCUGCGGUACCAGAGCAGGACCUCCUCCUCCUUCUGCGGUACCAGAGCAGGACCUCCUGCUGCUGCUGCAGUACCAGAGCAGGACCUCCUCCUGCGGUACCAGAGCAGGACCUCCUCCUCCUCCUGUACCAGAGCAGGACCUCCUCCUCCUCCUGCGGAGGUCCUUCUGCUGCUGUGGUCUCAUCAGGAGGUCCUGCUGCUGCUGUGGUCUCCAUCAGGAGGUCCUGCUGCUGCUGUGGUCUCAUCAGGAGGUCCUUCUGCUGCUGUGGUCUCAUCAGGAGGUCCUGCUGCUGCUGUGGUCUCAUCAGGAGGUCCUGCUGCUGCUGUGGUCUCCAUCAGGAGGUCCUUCUGCUGCUGUGGUCUCAUCAGGAGGUCCUUCUGCUGCUGUGGUCUCCAUCACGGCUUUAGGAGAACAUUGUGUCCCUGUGUACCCGUUCCUGUGUACCCGUCCCUGUUUACCCGUCCCUGUGUCCCCGUCCCUGUGUCCCCAUCCCUGUGCACCCGUCCCUGUGUACCCGUCCCUGUGUCCCCAUCCCUGUGUACCCGUCCCUGUGUCCCCGUCCCUGUGCACCCAUCCCUGUGUACCCGGUCCUGUGUCCCCAUCCCUGUGUACCCGUCCCUGUUUACCCGUCCCUGUGUACCCAUCCCUGUGUACCCGGUCCUGUGUACCCAUCCCUGUGUACCCGGUCCUGUGUACCCGGUCCUGUGUACCCGUCCCUGUGUACCCGUCCCUGUGUACCCGUCCCUGUGUCCCCAUCCCUGUGCACCCAUCCCUGUGUACCCGGUCCUGUGUACCCGGUCCUGUGUACCCGUCCCUGUGUACCCGUCCCUGUGUACCCGUCCCUGUGUACCCAACCCUGUGUCCCCGUCCCUGUGUCCCCAUCCCUGUUUACCCGUCCCUGUGCACCCGUCCCUGUGUCCCCAUCCCUGUUUACCCGUCCCUGUGCACCCAUCCCUGUGCACCCGUCCCUGUGUACCCGUCCCUGUGUCCCCGUCUCUGUGUCCCCGUCCCUGUGUACCCGUCCCUGUGUACCCGUCCCUGUGUCCCCGUCCCUGUGUACCCGUCCCUGUGUACCCGUCCCUGUGUACCCAUCCCUGUGUACCCGUCCCUGUGCACCCAUCCCUGUGUCCCCGUCCCUGUGUACCCGUCCCUGUGUACCCGUCCCUGUGUACCCGUCCCUGUGUACCCGUCCCUGUGUACCCGUCCCUGUGUACCCGUCCCUGUGUCCCCGUCCCUGUGUACCCAUCCCUGUGUACCCGUCCCUGUGCACCCAUCCCUGUGUCCCCGUCCCUGUGUACCCGUCCCUGUGUACCCGUCCCUGUGUACCCGUCCCUGUGUCCCCAUCCCUGUGUCCCCAUCCCUGUGUCCCCGUCCCUGUGUCCCCGUCCCUGUGUCCCCCAUCCCUGUUUACCCGUCCCUGUGUACCCGUCCCUGUGUCCCCAUCCCUGUGUACCCGUCCCUGUGUCCCCGUCCCUGUGUACCCGUCCCUGUGUCCCCAUCCCUGUUUACCCGUCCCUGUGUCCCCAUCCCUGUGUACCCGUCCCUGUGUCCCCAUCCCUGUGUACCCGUCCCUGUGUCCCCGUCCCUGUUUACCCAUCCCUGUUUACCCAUCCCUGUGUACCCGUCCCUGUGUCCCCAUCCCUGUUUACCCGUCCCUGUGUCCCCAUCCCUGUUUACCCAUCCCUGUGUACCCGUCCCUGUGUCCCCAUCCCUGUGUACCCGUCCCUGUGUACCCGUCCCUGUGUCCCCGUCCCUGUGUCCCCGUCCCUGUGUACCCGUCCCUGUGUACCCGUCCCUGUGUACCCGUCCCUGUGUACCCAUCCCUGUGUACCCGUCCCUGUGUACCCGUCCCUGUGUCCCCGUCCCUGUGUACCCAUCCCUGUGUCCCCAUCCCUGUGUCCCCGUCCCUGUGUCCCCAUCCCUGUUUACCCGUCCCUGUGUCCCCAUCCCUGUGUCCCCGUCCCUGUGUACCCGUCCCUGUGUACCCGUCCCUGUGUCCCCAUCCCUGUGUACCCGUCCCUGUGUCCCCAUCCCUGUGUACCCGUCCCUGUGUCCCCAUCCCUGUGUCCCCGUCCCUGUUUACCCGUCCCUGUGUCCCCAUCCCUGUGUACCCGUCCCUGUGUACCCGUUCCUGUGUACCCGUCCCUGUGUACCCGUCCCUGUGUCCCCGUCCCUGUGUACCCGUCCCUGUGUCCCCAUCCCUGUGCACCCGUCCCUGUGCACCCGUCCCUGUGCACCCGUCCCUGUGUACCCGGUCCUGUGUACCCGUCCCUGUGCAUCCGUCCCUGUGUCCCCGUCCCUGUGUACCCGUCCUUGUGUCCCCAUCCCUGUGCACCCGUCCCUGUGUACCCGGUCCUGUGUACCCGUCCCUGUGUACCCGGUCCUGUGUACCCAUCCCUGUGUACCCGUCCCUGUGUACCCAUCCCUGUGUCCCCAUCCCUGUGUCCCCAUCCCUGUGUACCCGUCCCUGUGUACCCGUCCCUGUGUACCCAUCCCUGUGUCCCCAUCCCUGUGUCCCCAUCCCUGGGAAGUCGAAGAGUUUGACGAGUCCGAAGUCGUCUCCCGUGGCAACGCUGGCCCCGGCGUGAGACACACAGGCACAGAGGACGUCGGCUUUGUCUGCGUUCCGAGGCCACACCCCCAUCACCUCCUCCCCCAGGGUGCUGAGUGUGACAUCACAGGGGGUUGGUGGAACAUGGAGAUGUUCUGCCGUCGGGUCAUUUAA